CAAAGUGCCGUAGCCUUUAAGAAGGAGAGUGAAAAAAUAGCGCUUUUUCUCUUAACUGGCAGAGCACGUAAACAAGACUUAAUUGAAUAUGUCUAUUGUAGUUGAUUAAUCUAUUUUGGAUGAUUCAAAAAUUCUUAAAAUACACGUGGGUCGAAAUUUGAGUGUUUUCCAACUGAAAAUGCAGAAGAAGUGAUGAGUAAAAUGCAAAUUUUUGUAUUGUUUUUAAAUUUUAAUGAAAAGAAAACAGAAAGAACUGUUGUCGGCAAGUACUCCUUAAAGCAGUUUAAAGUGAUUUAUGGGUAAUAACGCUUCGCCUACUUAACUUCUCGAGUUUCGUUAUUCAGCAUUUAAGCGGUGUUAGGGAAAAAGGAGAAAGCCUACCAUCAGAAUGACAUACCGAAAUGUAACUUGGUUUUGACCAUAUGUUGGAAAUAUGCAAAUAUUCCUUACUAAUUUAAGCUGAUUGAUCUGUAUCUCAGAAAAAUCAAAGAAGUACUAUCCUGUGAAAGAAGAAAAUUAAUUUUGUUUUACGUAUAUUAUUCUGAUAUUUAACUUCGUAGUUUUCUGUAUUAAAUUAGUUGGAAAAAAAAAAGGAAAAGAUUCUCAAAAAGAUUGCUAACGGAUUUUGUUGGCAAGUUAUUUAGGAAAUAUCAUCACGUACUCCGUCCCCAUUCAGUCAACUCUAACAUGGCGAUUUUCUUCCCUCUACCGUAUAGAGAACUGCAUCUAAUAAUAGUAUUAUUUAUAAUGGUUUUAAUCCCAUUUUACAUUAAUUGUGUUCCUCGAGGUAACAGGACAAAUCGCAGACGCCCAAGAAAUGUGAGAGAGGGAACCAUCAGACUUGUAGGUGGAAAAACAUCCUCGGAAGGUAAUGUUGAAAUUUUUCACUUAGGACAGUGGGGAUCCAUAUGCGAUGACGAAUGGGAUCUCAGAGAAGGUCAUAUAGUGUGCAAAACUUUGGGAUUUUUGAAUGCUUCGAAAGUGACACACAAUUCUGAGUUUGGACGAGGAAGAAGAAAGAUAUGGAUGGAUAAUUUAUAUUGCAAAGGCGAAGAAACAAAGUUGGUAGACUGUCAAUUUGAUGGCUGGGGAUCACAUGAUUGCAGUGUUAAUGAAGCAGCUGGCGCUGUCUGCCGCAGUAAUAACCAGAUUGAAUCUCUGAUUUCUCAGAAAGCUGCAACAAUAAAACCAAAAUUAAUGCUCCAUACAAAGAAUGUUGAAGUUCGUUUAAGAGGUGGACGAUUUACAUUCGAAGGCCGUGUUGAAGUUCGCAUAGGUAAAAUGCCUUGGGGUCUGGUUUGUGGAGAUGGGUGGUCUCUCCUGGAAGCAAACGUUGUAUGUCAACAGCUGGGCUUAGGCUAUGGUCAAGCUGCCGUGCAGAGUGCUUACUUUGGUGGAAGCCAUCAAGAUAUCGUGAUCAGUGGAAUAAAAUGUUCCGGACGUGAGGGCAAUAUAUCCGAUUGUCUUUAUCAGUCCUUUGGAAAAGUUACAUGUCCUGGAAGAGAUGAAAACAUUGCAGGAGUCAUUUGUGCAACAGAGCUUCCGGAUUUGGUGCCAGAUGAAAUUGAAGUUGAACGGUCAGCAUACUUAGAAGAUAGACAACUCUUAUUUUUGCAGUGCGCUAUGGAAGAAAAUUGUUUGUCGUCGGAAGCCUAUAAGUUGGACAAAAAUGAUUAUGGUUGGCUGUAUGAACAAAGAAGAUUACUUAGGUUUACGGCGAGAAUUGGAAACAUUGGUACAACAGAUUUUAGACCAUUUUUACCUAAGCACGCUUGGCAGUGGCACAUGUGCCAUCUUCAUUAUCACAGCAUGGAGGUAUUUGCUCACUUCGAUAUAAUUAAUUUGCAAGGUGAGAAGGUUGCAGAGGGUCACAAGGCCAGUUUCUGUUUAGAGGACAAUAAUUGUUUACCUGGAGUUGAAAAAAAAUAUGCUUGUGCAAAUUAUGGAGACCAGGGCAUAUCCGUAGGCUGCAGCGAUACUUAUUUGCACAACAUUGAUUGUCAGUGGGUAGAUAUAACUGAACUUCCACCAGGAGUUUACAAUUUCAAGGUGUCAAUAAACCCGGAGUUUAAAGUAGCAGAGCUUAAUUACGACAAUAAUGCUGCGGUCUGCCAACUUUUUUACAACGCAGUUUCAGCAAGACUUUUCAAUUGUACACUUCAGAGACCAUAAAAUUGCAUAAUCAUUUCAAUUGCAGUCUACAAAUGCUAUGCAAUGCAUAACUAAUGAAGUCGCCUCUUUCAUUUAAUAAAUACUUUCGUAAUUAACACGAACUAGUUUUGGAAACUUUAUGUGGUAGAAGACAGCUUCUGAGGUAGUCUUUAUUCAUCGUUAAUUUAUUUAUUUCAAUGUUGAUACGUUUAAAUUUGUAAAGUCUAUGUCUGCAAGCUCAAAACGUGCCUAGUCCUAACAUUUAAAACUGAGUUAGCUGUUUAUUCUUAACUUGUGUAAAUAUCCAAGCAUGUAAUUUUACAAAAUUUUGUUAUAUCAGCUUAUGUUCUUAUUUAUUACUUAUGUACUAACUUCACAUUUUCAAAUAAUUUUGUAUUCAUAGAAGUAUAAGCUCAUGUGUUGAUAGUAACCAGUAACAUAUACCGAAUUGUAAAAGGCAGUCUUUUGCCAGAUCGAAGCCAUUAUUUUAUGCACAUAUUUUAGUGUUAUGCAAUAUUGUAUUCAGUUGAUCUUUGUUUGGCUAAUAUCAUAAAAAGUUAGCUAAAUAGUCUUGAUAGGCAUAUAUUCGUAUUUUAAUAUAGCCCUCAGAGUGUUUUUAGAAUUUAUUUCCAUAGGUUUUUCAUUUUUAAUGUAUUUUUAUUAUAUUUUUGCAGUGCUUAUUUGCAGUUUUAUAAAUAUAAUCUUCCAAAAAUAUAUCUAAAGCUGUCUUUCUGCUGAUAUCAUUCGGUUCUUCCAUCAGAAUACUAUUUUUAUUACAUAAUUUUCAACUCACUUUUUUGCUUAUUAUUUGUAAAAAUAAAUUUUAAAAUGAUUAAAAGUGAAUAAGAAUUAUCAAAUAGGUAUGAGUUAAUUUUUACUACUUUCUGUUUUAAGCAAGGAUAAAAAAUUACUUUGCUCAGUAUUGUGAAAUCAAAUUCUAUAUAAAGGUAAAAAUAAAGAUUUUACUCAUCGAA